AAUAAGGUCACUAACCAUGCAUAUCUGGUCUAAUACCGAGAAAUCAUUUAUAUCACAAACAUGGAGGACUUCAAAAUAGAAAAUUGAUGCUGGAGAAUGUAUAGAAAGUAAUACCUAGAACAGAAAAAGAUGUCAACAAAUAACAGUGAAAACGGAGGAGUCGUUUUUAAAAUCCUUAAGCCUACCGCCCCAAAGAAAAAAGACGGAAAUGAAGUAUUUGAUUCGAAAAAAGAAGAAGAUAAUCAAAAGCUCACUAAUGAAAACAAAAGAUUAAAAAAGGAAAAUGAAGAAUUGAACCAUAGACUACUCGAACAAAAGAAGCAAUACGAUAAGCUUUUAGCUGAAGUGGAAGCGGAGAAAAAACAAAAGAAUAGAUUAAGUAUCGAACGCGAAAAAACCUUUAACGAUUUAAAGAAGACUUCUGUAGACAAAACUUUGAAAGACGAGAAUUCUAGACUACACGAAGAACUGAACAAACUUAACAUUGAAAAUGCUGGUCUCCGUAAAGAGGUAGAUCGAAUUCGCACAAGCUUAAGUAAAAUAGCAGGAGAAAGAAUGACCGAUGGAAAUCCUUACAUAACAGAUUUAAGUGACCCUCAACGUCCACAGAAACUUUCAGAGAAAUUUAAUAGUCUAUACGACAAUUCUUGGACGGAUGCCUACGAAAUUAUCAACACCGAAGGCAUGGACGAGAAAAUGACAUGUGAAAAACUAAUAGCUAUUUUCAAAAGUUGCUGGGACUUUUGUUGUGAUGUUGCAAAAAUGCAGCUGUCAGACCUGCAUAACAUACUGCUUUCUCUUGAAGAAAAGGAAUCAAAGGAGGAGAAAACGGUGAAAAAUGAAUUUCCAGUUCAAAACAGUAAAAUAAUAAAAGAAACAAGAAGAUCGUUCGCUGAACAGUUUAUACCAACAUUGUGUGAGAGCUACUGGCAAAGACAAAAAGAUACUGGACUUGUUGAGGACUUACAACCAUAUGUAGAUAAAUGCAUCGAACUUUGUUGGUAUAGUGCCAUCAGUGAUCCACCCUUAGUGUAUACAUUUGAAGCAAAGCAAAAUAUGGAUGACUUUCGGGGAUACACAAAGAGUGGUGAUGAGAUUGACUACGUUGUGUGGCCUUCAAUGUAUUUACACGAAUAUGGUCCGCUGCUAUAUAAAGGUGUUGUCCAAUACAAAAUGACUGACAAGCCGGAUGAUGAACCCGAACUUCAAGAGAAAACGGAAGAUCUUGUGACAGACAAAACGGAUGGUAAACCCGAACUUCAAGAGAAAAAUGAAGAUCAUGUGACAGACAAAACGGGUGGUAAACCAGAACGUCAAGAGCAAACUGCAGAUCACGUGACAGACAAUACGGAUGGUAAACCCGAACUUCAAGAGAAAACUGAAGAUCAUGCAGAAAAAAAUGGACAGAAUUAAUACGUUUUACUUUUUAUUCACUUUUUUAUUGUGACAUGUUCAACGUUUAGUUUCCACAAGAACUAUAGUAUUUUUGUUAUAAACUAGUUAAUCAGAUAUAAUUAUAUUUGCAGUAAUUUAUAUAUUUAUAUUCAGAUGAUCGUACAAAUGUAGGUAAUAAAGUUAUGUAAACUU